UCCUUAAGAUCGCUCAUAUAUGAUGCUUUGCAGCGCAGUUUCAUCUUUUUGCAUGACUUGUCCCAAUCAAUCUGCACUUUUCUUCUGUGUAAGGCGUACGAUUUGGUCAUAAUUUUAUUUCACUCUGCAUUUGUUUCAGAACAGUUGAAUUGGAUUGCAUGGAGCUGAGAUUUACCUAGGAAUGUACAUACCAAGUUAAUCUGAAAGGGAUCAGAAUUAAGGUUUGAUACUAAAUUGACUCUUGGAACUCGAAUUGAAAUGGAAUCCGCGUCACAUGCAGCGAGUGAGCAUGAGAAGAAUUUAAUUCAGGAGCUUCGGAAACGAGUCGCAGAUUUAAAUCUAGCUCAGGAACAUAAGGACGACAAAAAUUUGGUGAGAUGGUUGAGAGCUGGGAAACAAAGUAUUACUCCAGCAGAACAAAUGCUACGCAAGAACCACCUUUGGUUGAAGGAGAAUGCCAUUGAUGACCUCGUCGCCAGAUCAGAUCCCCCUGGCUGGAGUCCGAACGGUCUUUUUCCCUGGCACAUCUGCGGUUUAGAUAAAAACAAUAAUCCAGUACUCAUCGCAAAAAUUGGGGAAUGGGAUAUCAGAUCAGCCGUAGCUGCUGGCCAAGGCUUAGACUUAAUAUCAUACUGUAUCAAAAUCAUGGAACUUGCCACUAGAUUUUGUGCUCGUUCGAACAAAGGGAAAUCUUGGAUGGGUCAAUUCGUUGGAAUAUAUGACUUUAAAAACUUCUCAUUUUCGCAAGUCCGAUCCCUCGAAGCGAUUCAAGUUAUAAUGCAGGCGUGCCAAGUCUUCGACAGUAAUUACCCAGAAAUGUUAGGACAAGGAUUUGUCGUGAAUGCCCCAUGGACGUUUCAAAUUUUAUGGAAAUUUGUUCGUCCGGUGAUGGACGAGAAGACGGCGAGAAAAAUAAUCAUGCUUGGUUCGGAUCGUGACACUUGGCGAAAUGAAAUUGAGAAAUGUAUCCCCGUCGAACAAUUUCCAAAAAUGUAUGGUGGCGACGGAGAUGAUGACUUGAAGAUGUCUAUUGCACCGGAUGGAUCGCCAAUAAUAUUGCAAACUAAUUAAUUUUUGUACAAUGUUUCUUAAUGAUUUUAAAUAAAAUAAUUCUCCAUGCUUCGCAUAUGAAA